AUGACAGCUUUCCCAGAAGCCAGCGCGCGAGGACAGUAUAAAAAGGCUUUGCGCUCUUCCUUCAGUCUCACUCUCUCACUGCAGAGCUCUGUAAGGUUGACUGGGGCUGUAAAGAUUAUGCCUACAUGUCCCGGAUACUUGCAAUUGCGAGGGUUCGAAUGGAGCUGCAGGAUCCCAAGAAGGUGUCUGGAGUUGGGUGACAUGUGUAAAAGGCCCAAUGCAGGCAAAGGUUAA